AUGAGCACCACCGCAACAACUGCAAGAACCACCACCCCAAUGAGACCAGCACCGUCUCCCUCCACAACUACCACCAUCCUAGAAAAUCCCACCCAACAACAACAACUGCAAACCCUAACUUUGCGAUUAAAUCGGCUGAAAAAGAAAGUUUCGUGGAAAGAAGGCACCGUAGACAAUGAGUUUAUGCAGAGAAAAAGCUCCAAAAUUUGUUGUAUUUUCCACAAGGAGAAACCCUUCGAUGAGGAUGAUAGCGAUGAUGAUGAUUGUAGUCAUGAUCAUCCCGAUCACGACCAUGAGCAUAAAUCCGACGGUGCCUGUUCUUCUUCUAAGCAUAAUGAAAAGGAAGCUGUUGUCUCAGACCCCCGAAAGUUUGUUGCCUGCUUGCUUGCUUUUGAUGUAGAUACCGUCAAGGAACUUGAGAGUGCAUGGGAUGGGCAGGAGGAAUUGGUUAGAUCCGAUAUCCAACGCAUAUGCUUGCUGGAAAAGCCAAGUUCUAGGACAAAACUGUGUUGCUUAUUUAGAGGUUUGAGCUCCAUUGCAUAA